GCGUUCGCGUUCCCGGGGCGGUGUCCCGGCUCGCUCCCCGCCCCGCCGCUUUACGGCAGCGGCCGCGGUGUGUUUGCGGCUCCGGGCUCGGCCGGGCGGUCGGGGCGGACAUGGCCAGUACGAUGGUGGCGGUCGGCCUGGCCAUAGCGGCGGCUGGAUUCGCAGGUCGCUAUGCAGUAAAAGCUAUGAAGCAAAUGGAGCCACAAGUUAAACAAGCACUUCAGAACCUACAAACACCUGCCUUCAGUGGUUAUUACAGGGGUGGAUUUGAACCCAAAAUGACUAAACGAGAAGCAGCUUUAAUACUAGGAGUGAGCCCUACAGCCAACAGAAGUAAAAUUAGAGAAGCUCAUAGACGGAUCAUGCUUCUGAAUCAUCCAGAUAAAGGUGGCUCUCCAUAUGUAGCAGCCAAAAUCAAUGAAGCUAAAGAUCUACUGGAAGACCAAGCUAAAAAAUGACAAAAAUCUAUCAGAGGUUUUGUCCCUGCAAAUGAUUAUUUUUGAUAAACAGCUUAAGAAAAGUUCUAAUGUCAGUCUUUGACUCUGUGUAAAUGAAGCUGGGAAUACAAAUCCAGGGAGCUGCUUCCCUCCCUACUCAGUCACUUUUUUUGGGAAAUGUGUGAGGGAGUCAGGCUUAAAAGUUUUUUCAUAGCUGUUCUUUAUUAAACAGCACAAUCUGCCACUCAGAAAUAUUUUCAGUCUAGAGAGCAAUAACUUGGUGUGAGCAGUGCAUGUUACCAGGCAGACUUACAUGCUCUUGCCUAAUUUCUGUUAAACUAGUUGUGUUUAAAAUGCUGCUGCUCUUCCAUCUGCCAAAGUUAACACAGUGAACCAGUUUGGGGAGGGGGUGGAAAAAGCAAGAGGAUUUUUUGAUUGGAAUAGCUGGGACAGAUGUGUGGUUGUCUCUGACUGAAGAAAUAAAGUUCAGGAAACAGUGUA